UCUGAAGGAAAUUACAUGGCAAGUCCAUGUCUAUGGGGAUUCGAAGCAGGAAAUGGAGGAUUGGUGUCGCGAUAACCGUGUGCCUCUGCAUGUCUUCCCCUGGGACGAGAAGUACCAAACGGUUGGAUUUGCAAGAGACGCAGCCUACCUCAUCAGACCUGACACGUACGUGGCUGUUGCAGAACCAUCAGGACGACCAGAGCGAUUUGAACAGUACUUGGAGGAGAACAGAAUUCGUCUGGUCUGA